AUGGCGAAUCCGGACAACGUUGCUGCUGCUGCUGCCGGUCGCCUUGCUGCUGCUGCCCGUGCUGCUGCUGGUGUUCCGCCACCAAGUUUCGCGAUCGACCCCUUCGAUCGGCGGAAACUAAAAUGGAUGCGGUGGGUGGAACGGUUGGAGAACGCGUUCGCCAUCUUCGGCAUCAACGAAGAGGAGAUGCGGAAAAGUUUGCUGCUCCACCAUAUGGGCCCCGAAAGCUACGACAUAAUCUGCGACAAAAUCGCCCCGGAGGCGCCCCGUGCAAAAACGUAUCGGCAGAUUGUCGACACCUUGGAGGCGUUUUUCAACCCCACCCCGCUUGAGAUCAGCGAAAACUUUCGAUUCAAGUGCCGUCGCCAAGGCGACAAGGAUGCUGCUUCGCCGGACGAGUCGAUUGACGAAUAUUUGGUGGCGCUUCGACGGAUUGCGGUAACGUGCAACUUUGGACAGUACCUGGAAACCGCCCUCCGCAACCAGUUGGUGUUUGGCAUCAGGAGAAACGACAUCCGAAGCCGGCUGCUGGAGAGAAGGCAGCUCACACUGCAGGACGCUCGCGAGAUCGCUGUAAGUAUGGAGCUGUCGAAGAAGGGCGGAGCGGAAAUCGAAGGUGGCCAAGGUAAGCAGGAGGUCCACAAAGUACAGCACCAACCAGGUAAGCGGAACAAGUCGAAGGUGAAAAUAAACGAAGGGGAAAAGCGUUUUACUCCGAGGGGGGCUGGUGCAAGUGAUGUUAGCUGCUACCGCUGCGGUGAGAAAUCUCACCUUGCCAACACCUGCAAGCACAAGCACACCGAAUGCAAGUUCUGUGGCCUGAAGGGACACCUGGAAAGAGUGUGCAUGAAAAAAUCCGGCUCGAAGGCCAGUGGUGCGCGAUCGUCGGGUAAACAAAGUGCCGUGCAAACGAAUUUCGUGGACAAUUCCGCAAAUGACUAUAGUGAUGCGAAAAUCGAUGUGCGCGAGGUGUGUUCGGUAAACACCAUUUCGGACAAUGCGAAAAUUUGGAUGAAAGUGCGCGUGAACGGAAUACCGAUGCGUUUCGAGGUGGACACGGGAUCGCCCGUCACCAUCGUGAGUGCGAACUGCUGGAAACAAAUGUUCCAGGAUGCGAAACUGCGGCAAUGCGAUACGAAUCUCGUGAGCUAUUGCAAUACGAACAUUGACGUGCUCGGGAUAAUGGACGCUCGUGUCGAAUACGAUGGACAGAACUCGCAGUUACCAUUGUACGUCGUGAAUUCGGAAAAACAUCCGUUGAUCGGGCGCGAAUGGUUGAGUCGUCUGUCGGUCGAUUGGAAUGUGCUGCUGCGGAAGGACUACUCGGUGAACGAGAUACGGGGAAGUACUUCGGGAAGCAACUGCGGUGCUUCGAAUAAUGCUGCUGAUACUGCUGCCGCCGUGAAGGAGGUUCUGCAAAAGUUUCCGAGGGUAUUCGAGGAUUCCAUCGGAAAGAUCUCCCGUGUCCAAGCCAACUUGCCGCUGAAGAGUGAUGCCCGUCCUGUCUUCCUGAAGGCGCGUAAAAUCCCGUUCAACUUGCAGAGUGUGGUCGAUGCUGAACUAGACAAGCUAGUUGCGGAGGGAGUUCUCACCAAGGUCAACCAGAGUAAUUGGGCGACACCGAUUGUGCCGGUUAAGAAAUCCAACAACCGGGUGCGCAUCUGCGGCGAUUACAAACAAACCGUCAACCCCAACCUUGUGGUGGACAGGCACCCACUUCCUACGGUGGACGAGCUUUUCGCCUCGCUCGCUGGUGGGAAAAGAUUCAGCAAAAUCGACCUGGUGCAGGCAUACCUGCAGAUGGAAGUUGCUCCAGAAGAUCGCGAAAUCCUCACACUGAGCACCCAUCGCGGUCUGUACCGACCAAACCGCCUCAUGUACGGGGUGGCAUCUGCGCCAGCCAUUUGGCAGCGACAAAUGGAGGCUUUGCUGCAAGGAAUCGAGGGUGUCAGCGUGUUCCUAGACGACAUUAAGGUAACUGGACCUGAUUACGAGACUCAUUUGCGCCGAUUGGAGGAAGUUUUGCGUCGUCUGGAGGAGAAUGGCAUCCGAGUCAACCGAGACAAGUGCGAAUUUUUUGCGGAGAAGAUAGAAUACUGCGGAUACCUCAUCGACGAAACGGGGAUCCACAAGAUCCAGAAGAAAGUGGACGCUAUCCAGGAUAUGCGGAGGCCGGAGAACAAGGACGAGGUACGCUCCUUUGUAGGUCUCAUCAACUACUACGGUCGAUUUUUCCGGGAUCUGAGUACCGUUCUCUAUCCUCUCAACAACCUGCUGAAGAACGAGGUACCGUUUGAGUGGAGCAAACAGUGCGAGAAGUCUUUUCAAGCGGUGAAGAGGCAAAUGCAAGCGGAAACCUGCCUCGUCCACUAUUCCCCCGAAUUGCCUUUGGUGCUGGCCACCGACGCUUCGCCAUACGGCGUGGGAGCCGUACUGAGCCACAUCUACCCAGAUGGCUCGGAACGCCCGAUCCAGUUUGCCUCACAAACGCUGAACCGUACUCAGCAGGCGUACCUACACGUGGAUAAGGAAGCGUAUGCGAUAAUAUUCGGCGUUAAGAAGUUCUUUCAAUUUCUGUACGGCCGGAGAUUCGUUUUGGUUACGGACAAUCAAGCAGUGACCAAAAUCUUCGGGGAACACAAAGGAUUACCUGUGAUGUCCGCUCUUAGGAUGCAGCACUAUGCCACCUACCUGCAAUCCUUCGAUUACGAAAUACGGUUUCGGAAGUCGGCGAACCAUGCCAAUGCGGAUGCGUUAUCCCGAAUCCCACUGAAGCUGGCGGAUGCAGACAACGUCAUCGAAGAGUCGGACUUAGUGGAACUGCAUCAAAUCGAAACCCUUCCACUUACUGCUGCGGAGUUGGCACAAGCAACUGCCGAGGAUUCCUCUGUGAAGAAGCUGAUACAAGGAGUCAAAUACGGUGUCCUCGUCGAAGGCAAGGACCGGUUCGGAAUCGACCAGAGCGAGUUUGCAAUGCAAAAAGGCUGUCUGCUGCGUGGUAUACGAGUGUACGUGCCGCCGUCUCUUCGGAAGCGAGUCCUUGAGGAACUGCACUCUACGCACUUCGGAGCAACGCGAACCAAGUCACUGGCAAGAGGCUAUUGCUGGUGGAAUGGAAUGGACAGUGCUAUUGAGGAGAUGAUCGCCAAUUGUGUUGAAUGCCAGUCGGUGAGGCGUGAACCAACGAAGAUGCCAUUACACUGCUGGGAAGCUCCUACUGCACCGUUCCAAAGGGUCCAUGUGGACUUUGCGGGACCAUUCAUGGACACAUACUUUUUCAUUCUGGUCGAUGCCUUUACCAAGUGGCCGGAGGUGCGAGUAUGUAGUUCAAUCACUGCUGACAGUACUAUCCGGAUGUGUCGUGAGAUGUUCAGCACUUUUGGAGUACCGUCGGUGCUCGUCAGCGAUCACGGUGUCCAAUUUACGUCCGAACAAUUUCAACAAUUCCUGCGAAUGAAUGGCAUCGUGCAUAAGAUGGGAGCGCCCUACCAUCCUGCUACAAACGGGCAAGCGGAGCGGUAUGUGCAGACACUGAAACAGAAGCUGAAGUCGCUGAAAUGUACGAAGGCACAGCUGAACGUCGAACUCUGCAACAUAUUGCUAACAUAUCGGAAGAUGAUACAUCCUGCCACCGGUCAAUCACCUGCGAUGAUGAUGUUUGGCCGGCAGAUACGAUCAAGAAUUGACCUGAUGCUACCGAAGAACGAAGUCGUGGAUGCGAAGAACCAUACAGUGCGAGAGUUCAAGGAUGGCGAUCGUGUACGUGUUCGGGACUUUCUGUCUACGGACAAAUGGAAGUUCGGGAAGAUUGCGGAAAAAGUUGGAAAACUUCGGUACGCUGUCCGCCUGGAUGACGGGCGGUGUUGGGAGCGUCACAUUGACCACAUCGUCGGUGUGGGCGCUUACCUUCCGGAUACAUCACCGAACAGUGCCAGAAAUGAAAAUGAGUACCGCUACAGUCCGGGAAUAGCUGCUUCUCCAUCGACAGUAGCGACUCCUGAACGAUCCGUGAGUUCAUCAACGUCUUCAUCAAGUGCUCCGGUCUGUGCUCCGGAGACGCCAGCUGGUCGACGACCGGCACUACCUGAUCCUGUCCAAGAACCGGAGGAAGGACCUCCGAAUCCCAGGGUCACACCAGUUGCCGCGCAAGUGGCUACACCACCCUUGAGACGAUCCACCAGGGUGAUCAAGGCUCCAACAAGAUUGAAUUUGUAA